AUGUCGUCUAGAAGUGAAAUGUCGCUUGCUCAAAGUGAAGAUGUUUCUGGUGAUGCGGUCGUGAUGUGCAGACAUGGAUUGAGAGCUUCAAUUUAUACAUCAUGGACAUUGCGUAAUCCAGGGAGAAGGUUUUCCAGAUGUGGAUAUCGGGAGGGGAAUGAUUGCAACUUCUUCCAAUGGUAUGAUCCUUCGUCUCAUGGCCUUGAGAAGGAAAUCCUUACUUAUUUGUUGAGACAGAGAAAUACAUUCAAGGAGAAAGUUAAAGGCUUGGAGGAGCUAAAUAACACUAUAAUUGAACGAUUGGCGCUGAUGAAGGAGAAGUGUGAACGCUUGGAAUCACUUAGUACUGAAUUGAAAAAUAAAGUUGAAGUGUUAUCAAAGUCAGAAAAAAUGUAUGAAAGCUAUUUGAAAAUUAAUGUCAAGAAUGACAGUGGUAUUGGGUUGUUUAUGUUGGCAUGA